AUGAUAUUCGAUUAUUUGCGGAUCAUUUUACUUCACCUGUACCUUUACCCAUUCAUGACUAUUGAUCUUAUAUUAGACUGUGUCAGAGGAGAGUAUAACAGACAAGGUUGUGCUCUUAUUACUGAUAUAUCGCCCUACAGUUACUCCCAAGAUGGGGAUAUUAUCUUUGGUGGCAUUCUGCAAAUAUUUACAUUUUCCUCUAAAAGUAAACAUGAUUUCUCAGAUGUACCAGAGCCUGUAACAUGUUUUGUGCCAUCUUUGCAGUAUCUGCGCCAUCUGUUUGCCUUUAUUUAUGCUGUUGAGGAAAUCAAUAACAGUGCUGAGAUUUUACCCAACAUCACACUGGGUUUCCAAAUUUAUGAUUCCUGUACAAGUGAAGUAGUUGCCUUAGUGAGCACCUUCAGCAUUCUGUCAGAAAGACCAGAGCCCAUUCUGAACUUCAUAUGUCAAAAAAGACAAAAGACGGUUGCGUUUAUUGGGCAUGUGUUGUCAUCUGCAAGUCACACCAUAGCUGGAAUUACUCAACUUUAUGGAUACCCUCAGGUAAGUUAUGGUGCAUUAGAUCCUAUAUUCAAUGACAGAGUAAGAUUCCCAGCCGUGUAUCGAACUGUUCCCAAUGAAUAUUCCCAGUUUAAAGCCAUCAUUCAACUUUUAACCCACUUUGAAUGGACAUGGGUUGGGAUCAUUACUUCAGAUGAUGACAGCAAUCUCCAGGCUAGUGAGGAACUAAGUAAACAGAUGAGACAAAGUGGAAUUUGUGUUCCUUUUCUGGAAAAAACACCAAAACCAACAGAUGGAGAUAGGAAGGGCAUCCAAAAGCUAAAUCACUACCUGAAAAAUGUACAACUGAAAACAUCUUCAGGGGUGGUCUUAAACUUUGAUGAGAAUGGGAAUAUGCCUGGAAUGUUUGAUGUCAUAAUUUGGAAUGUUUUUUCAAAUGAGAGAAUAACCAAAACUCAGACUCCAUUAUCAAGGUGCAGUAUUCCCUGUUCCUUUGGUUUCAGAAUAGUUCAACAGAAAGGCAAAACUCACUGCUGCUAUCAAUGCAUCCCUUGUCCAGAUGGAGAAAUAGCUAAUGUUACAGAUAUGUUAAAGUGCUUGAGCUGUCCAGAAGACCAGUGGUCAAAUCCUUAUAAAGCUAAAUGCAUCCAAAGGAUUAAAGAAUUUCUUUCUUAUAGAGGCACAUUGGGAGCUACAUUAUCCUCCAUUGCCUCCAUCUUUCUUGUGAUAACUGUGGCAGUGCUAUUUGUCUUUGUCAAAUUUCGGAGAUCUCCUUUAGUCAGAGCAAAUGAUCGGAAUCUCAGCUACAUCCUCCUCUUGUCCCUUAUAUUGUCAUUUCUCUGUUCCUUUCUCUUCAUUGGCUAUCCCAUGAUGGUGACCUGCAUGCUGAGACAAGUUGCCUUUGGGUUCAUUUUUACUGUAGCUGUAUCCUCCGUUCUGGGAAAAACAGUUACAAUCAUUAUUGCUUUUAAUGCAACGAAACCUAACAGCACAAUAAGAAAAUGGAUAGGAAGCAGGAUAUCUAUUAGUCUUAUUCUUCUUUUCUCCUUUGGUGAACUAUUAAUUUGUAUCAUUUGGUUGACAUGUUCUCCGCCAUUUGUGGAUACUGAUACCAAGACUUUUCCAGGCAAAAUCAUAAUUCAAUGCAACGAAGGCUCCUUCAUUGCUUUUUAUGCAAUGAUUUCAUAUAUUGGUAUUCUGGCUCUGUUUAGCUUUAUUCUUGCUUUUUUGGUUCGGAAAUUACCUGAUAGUUUCAACGAUGCUCAGUACAUAACCUUCAGCAUGUUGGUGUUCUGCAGUGUCUGGAUCUCUUUUAUCCCUAUCUAUUUGAGUUCUAAAGGCAAAUAUGUUGUGGCUGUGGAAAUAUUUACUAUACUGGCUUCCACAGGAGGUCUUCUAAUUUGUAUAUUUGCUCCUAAAUGUUACAUUAUAUUGAUAAAACCGGAACUCAACAAGAAACAUCUGCUAAAACCAAAGCUAUGA